AUGGUUGCGGUUCAAGACAAUAGAAUUGUCGACAGUUUUUGUGGAAUGAGUUUAAAAGUUUCAUUAAUUUUUUUUGGUGGUGUAAGAAUUAUGGGAGCUUUGGGACAAUUAAUAAUACCUGUAAGAAAUCAUAUAGAAGAUUGCGAUGUAAAUACUGAUACUACUUGUCGCGUGAUUUCAAACAAUGAAUUUGCGGCUAAUUUGUCCAUGUCCGCCUUCGGAAUUUUAUUCGUUUUCAUGGCAAUUCUCGGAUCAAUCAUGAACAAUAAUAAAUUCCUAAUUGCAUCACUUGCUAUUGACGCGAUCCAACUUAUAAUUUUGCCGUUUGUAUCAUGGUACAUUUUGAGUAGUUAUGAAAACCAUGACUAUGGCGCAGUUGUGGAGCCACUUGUAAAUUAUGCUUAUAUGGGUAUCAUUAUGGUGUACAUGAUCCUGGCGAUCAGCCGGUAUGAAGAAAUAAAGUCUUCCAAGAUGUACCCCUUUGCUGACGAAUCCGAUGAUCAAGAGCCGGGUGCUGAAAGCGAGGACGAGAAAGAUUUACCUAAGAACGGCAAUGUCGAAGGAAGUUUUCGAGAAACACAAGAGGGAAAACCAGAAAAGUUUUAA